AUAUGGUGUCUGGGAACAACAAUACUGUUCCCCUAAGAGCUCCGCUUCCGUCAGUGUGGUCUUGAGAGCGCUGGUUGUUGACAGGUACCCUAACACACUUGUAGUUCUUUCAUGUUGAAACUUGUACUUUAAAGUUGGAGAGUUGUGGAUAAAACGUGAAGCAAAAAUGAAUAUUCUACUCUUUAGUUUUCACCUACUGCUAGCUCUAGCAGGUUCAGCCUGGGGCUCCGAGCAUGAGACGCGAUUGGUUAAAACCCUCUUUACCGGCUACAACAAGGUGGUGCGUCCUGUCAACCACUUCAAGGACCCUGUGGUGGUCACCGUGGGCCUGCAGCUCAUCCAGCUCAUCAGCGUGGACGAGGUCAAUCAGAUUGUCAACAGCAACGUGCGACUGAAGCAGCAAUGGAAAGAUGUGAACCUGAUUUGGAACCCAGAGGAGUACGGUGGAAUCAAGAAGAUCAGAGUUCCAUCCACAGACAUUUGGCGUCCAGACUUGGUACUCUACAACAACGCUGACGGUGACUUUGCCAUCGUCCACGAAACCAAAGUCCUGCUGGAGCACACGGGCCUGAUCACGUGGAACCCGCCCGCCAUCUUUAAGAGCUACUGUGAGAUCAUCGUGCUGCACUUCCCCUUCGACCUGCAGAACUGCAGCAUGAAGAUUGGCACCUGGACCUACGACGGCAACCUGGUGGUCGUCAACCCAGACAGCGACCGGCCUGACCUGUCUAACUUCAUGGAGAGCGGAGAGUGGGUGAUGAAGGACUACCGCAGCUGGAAACACUGGGUGUACUAUGCCUGCUGCCCCGACACGCCCUACCUGGACAUCACCUACCACUUCCUCAUGCUGCGCCUGCCUCUCUACUUCAUCGUCAACGUCAUCAUCCCCUGCAUGCUCUUCAGCUUCCUCACCGGCCUGGUCUUCUACCUGCCCACUGACUCCGGUGAGAAGAUGACUCUGAGCAUCUCCGUCCUGCUGUCUCUGACUGUGUUCCUGCUGGUGAUUGUGGAGCUCAUCCCCUCCACCUCCAGCGCCGUGCCCCUCAUCGGGAAGUACAUGCUCUUCACCAUGGUCUUCGUCAUCGCCUCCAUCAUCAUCACCGUCAUCGUCAUCAACACGCACCACCGCUCCCCCAGCACCCACACCAUGCCAGCGUGGGUUCGCAAGAUUUUCAUUGACACCAUUCCCAACAUCAUGUUCUUCUCGACGAUGAAGCGUCCUGCGAAGGAGAAACAGGAGAAAAGCCUCUACGGGGCGGAUUUUGAUAUUUCAGACAUCUCCGGCAACCCCAGCCCCACUGCCGUCCACUACCAGUCCCCCAUCACCAAGAACCCAGACGUACGCAGCGCCAUAGAGGGCGUCAAAUACAUCGCAGAGACCAUGAAAUCUGAUGAAGAGUCCAACAACGCUGCUGAGGAGUGGAAGUUUGUGGCCAUGGUGCUGGAUCACAUCCUGUUGUGUGUGUUCAUGGCGGUGUGUCUUAUUGGCACAUUGGGUGUGUUCGCAGGCCGCCUCAUUGAGCUCAGCAUGCAGGCAUGAAGAGGAACGUCUGUCAUCACUAAGUCCAAAGUAGCCAUCGGGCUUCACAACGUCGAGGAUUUGGUUACUGUACGAUACGAUGUUUAGCUAGUCUGCUUUUAUUUGAAUAGUGUUAAGCCUACUGUGUGUAGACUGAUUUAUAUGGAAAUAACUGAGUGUCAUUGAGUUACUUUCUUGUCUGUGACGGUCGACUAUUGCAACUCUGUUGUGUUUGUUUGUUAUAUUUUGGAAACCGUCAGAAUAAAGUUAAGCUUAUCUUCCA